AUGCACACCAGGGGCGUCCCUUCUCAGAUCAUCAACUGGCUGAAGCGGCACCUUGAAGGCCGACGCACCAGAAUCCUCUUCAACGACUUUAGAUCAGCCCUCUUCGAGAUUAUCAAUGGCAUCGACCAAGGCUGCCCCCUUUCAGUCAUCCUCUAUGAAUUUUAUAACUCUGACCUCUUUGAGAUUGCUUACAGAAUCCCACAAUCACUCGCCCUAGGAUACAUCGAUGACGCAGCCAUCAUAGCUAUUGGUAAGGACUUUGAAGAGACUCACACAAUCCUCUGCAGCUACAUGGAUGAUGAACGCGGCACAAUGGCAUGGUCAACCACACACUACUCGGAGUUUUCCCUGGAGAAGUUUGGUCUGCUCAACAUGUCUGCAACACCACAUGAACUUGGCCCGACACUCGAACUAUGUACAGCCUCCAUCAAACUGGCUGAAUUGCACAAGUUCUUAGGCACAAUCAUUGAUUGA